AUGCUCUGCUCCAAUGCCCCACGCCAAAAGUGUAAAGCACCAUCCCCUGAUGCCCUGUCCAUCCAACACUUUCUCAAGAGUAACAUAGGCCCAACCGCUGGUCAAUUCCUGAAGACAUGUUGUUUCUGCCGCAACAAGCCCCCAGUCCCUCCAGCCACACCUCAACACCAUACACCUCCUCAGCUAUGUCGUCGUUGUGGUUCAACACUUGACACCCCUGCCUUCCGUGACAAGCGUGGAAGAUUGAGACAUACCUGCUUGACUUGUCAAAAUGAGGACAAUCCACAAACAAGUCAACAAAACAGUUUCCAUCCUCCACCCCACCGUACUCCCUCUGAGACUUCAGGUCUUACCCCGGGCUCUUCACGAGCUGCUGCUCGUCCACGGACUCGCCCACCCACACCCCCUUCACCUACACCCAUGUGUCCCAGUCCUCUACCUCUACAACGGCCAACACAAUCCUGCAGGCCUCCUCAACGCUUUGUGGUCCCUCCUUCCCCAGUACAGCCUGAACCUCAACCUCCUCUCCAAGUGCGUGUGAGACCCAAUGCCAAUUGUCAAAAAUGUACACGAUGUGGUCGCUGGCAAGACAUCAACUGUUAUGACCUAGAUGCAAAUGGAGACAGACGCCAGACAUGCCGUAUGUGCCUUCAGCGUAGUCGAGAACGAUAUCAAGCAAGACAGGACAUCCAUUCACCCAAUCUUUCGUAUUCAACAGAUCCAUCUCCCUUCCUUCCCAUCAGUACAUCCUCCGAGAACCUACAUGAACCAUGUUUAUCAGAUACGGCAAUUUCUCACAUUGAGGACUUCUACUCUGCUCUAGAAGAAGAGCGGCUUGAUACUUGUAGUGGCUGCAAUGAGCGGUGGUUUGGUAUGGAUGUCAAGGAAGGAAAGUGCAGUACAUGCCGAAAAGGUCGUGAAUCAAUAUGGAGUGCUGAUAAUGAUAUGGAUCCUGGCCCAUGUCUUGCAGAAUUGUGCAGACAGCAAGGUCUCCUUCCCCCUGACCCCCCCAGCCAGAUUGAAGAGAUGCUACUGUCACGCUACCAUGUCCUACUCCAAACUUGGAAGGUGAAUGGGGGUCAGAUGAAGUAUAGUGGACACACCUGUCUGUUUACAUACGACAAUGUUCACUUUCUGGACAAGCUUCCUCUGGUCCCAGCCGACCUUGACGUCCUCAUCAUCCGCCCAUCCAGUACUUCUCCCACCGCUGUUGACAAUUUUGCGACUCGUCCUGAAUUUCAAGUCAAAUGUGAAAGAGUUUUACAGAAUCUCCAAGCUCUACAACGGUUUCAUCCUGAUUACAUCUCUGUUGAGAUAGAUCAUCAGACAUUGGCAAGUCUUCCCGAAAACGGAUCGUUAGGAGAAGGGAACCGAGGGAGAGCAGAACAGGGGAAGUUAGGCGAAGUUAGUCAAAAGAGGAGUAGUAUAGAUAGUUUACAGAUCGCUGAACUUCUUCAGCGAUCCUUGAUUGUUUUAGCCGAGGUUUGUCGACCGUCGUAUCAAGGAUCGCUCUUACCGACGACCCGUGCAAACCUCGGAGAAGUUCGAGAUUGUAUGCAGCCAGAGAGGAGAGUUACAAGAAGUAUGAGUAGACCAGGAGAAACAGUAGGGGAGACGGAGAGGAGGAUGUUGGAGGAAUUAAGACAAAGCUUGGGACCAUUGCCUGGUGCAAUUGAUACCCCCGAAGGUUCAACUCAAGGCGAUGAUUUCUAUCCACCCCUGCCUUUUGAACCACCUCCCCAACAAACCGGACUACCAGAACCACCAGCGGUGAGGACAGGUUCCGAAGAUUCGGGACAGACCCCACGACCAAGGGAAGGGAACACAGGAGGUAGGCUAAGUUCGGCCGGGAGCGAAGUAGUAGGAGGAACUGAGGAGGAGGCCACAACACAGAAGAUGAUGCUGGCAAUAAUGAACAUGAUGAUGGAGAUGAAUAAGGAUAUGAUAGCAGAGAGGAAACGUCGAGAGGAGCAGGAGAAGAAGAAGGAACAGGAGACGGUUGGGGAAAUAAUCGAGGGCGUGCAGCCUAAGGGCACGAAUGGGGGAAGGGCGAUACCAACGGAUGUAGACGAACUAAAUCGUCGUUGGCCGAGACCCAGUGCUGAUGAGGUUUUAAAGCGUCGAGAGGAAGGGAAGUGUACUGGAUGUGGAGAGACAGGGCAUUAUAACCGGGAUUGUCCUGUAAUAGCGGCGAAGAUCAAAGCAGGGAUCAUCCCCUUGCGAUCUUUUGGACAAAAUGCUGGAGUAGAAGGGAGAUUUAGCACGGGGGGGAACGCCGUCCCUCUUGGGGACAGGAAGAAGAUCAACGCAGUCGGAAGGGAGGAAGCAGGUGUUGGAGAGCAGGGGAUGGACGAGGAGGAAAAAGAUGGGGACCCGUCGCGAUAG